AUGCGUCAACAAGAGACUGAAUACGACUUUGUCACACUCUGGCAUGUUGUUCGUCUGCUUGCCGGGCGUGACCUUGAAAUGAGAUGCAAACCCUCGCAAACCCCAGGCCAACUUUCAUGGGAGAAAGACUGGGGACGCCACUGGAAAGCUGUCGACAUGUGCUGUAGCUACCUUUCCUCUUGGCCGGAAUCCCAGUUGAAACACUGGAGAAGGCUUGUUGAAACGUAUCUGAUUGGCACGGCGCUUCCCCCAUUGUCUCUCACCCCGGCGGAGCUACUCGAUAUUGUGUGCAAGGAGGAGACAAAUACUUUUGCUCUCUACCCUAAGUUGACCGGCCCGUUGUAUAUGAUCGAUCAGCCUGUUCCCAGAGGUGACUCAUAUGGUCUGGGCUUGUAUCCGAGGGCCGCUAGGUUUAAUCAUUCUUGCCUUCCAAAUGUUUCACACAAACCGGAUGAACAGGGGCGAAUGGUAUAUACUGCUGCACGCGAAAUUUCCGCAGGAGAGGAAGCAUUGAUCAGCUAUUUUGAUCUGACCAAGUUUACGACCCUCGAGGAGAGACAAGAACAUGUACAAGUGCACUUCCGCUUUACUUGUGACUGUGCAAGAUGUACCGAAGAAAGCGCGGAGGAAAAUUUACUCAACAUAGAGUCACUGCCGUUUGGUAUUUUUUAA